AAAAACGUUACCAGUGACAGCUUAAAAGGAGAGCAAGGCCUCUCACCGCUCUCAUUCGAACACCGCCCAGUUCGCAGCGAUGGUGGACGGGCAUCACUUCAACAACAUCCUCCUCGGCGGCCGCGGUGGGACGAAGCCGGGCCAACUAAGGGUGCAUUCUGGAGGAAUUUCAUGGAAGAAGCAGGGUGGUGGAAAGGUGGUCGAGAUUGAAAAAGCUGAUAUUUCGCGAAUGACCUGGAUGAAGGUUCCCAGGUCAUAUCAGCUAGGUGUUAGGAUUAAGGAUGGCUUGUUUUACAAAUUCAUUGGCUUCCGAGAGCAGGAUGUCACUAGCUUGACAAGUUUUAUUCAAAAAUAUCUUGGUGUAACUCCAGAUGAGAAGCAGCUGUCUGUCAGCGGCCACAACUGGGGCGAAGUUGAUAUAGAUGGAAAUAUGCUUACAUUUAAUGUUGGUUCCAAGCAAGCAUUUGAAGUUUCUCUAGCAGAUGUUGCUGUAACACAACUUCAAGGAAAGAAUGACGUAUACAUGGAAUUUCAUGUGGAUGAUACAACUGGUGCAAAUGAGAAAGAUUCGCUGGUGGAUUUAAGUUUUCACAUACCCAACUCUAAUAUUCAGUUUGCUGGUGAUGAAAGUCGUCCACCAGCUCAGGUUUUGCUUGAUAAGAUAUUGGCCAUGGCAGAUGUUGGAUCUAGUGAUGAAGCUGUUGUCACUUUUGAAGGAAUUGCGGUCCUUACCCCAAGAGGCCGAUACAGUGUUGAGCUUCAUCUUUCGUUCUUGAGGCUCCAAGGACAGGCUAAUGAUUUUAAAAUACAAUAUAGCAGUGUUGUCCGACUCUUUCUACUGCCAAAGUCCAAUCAACCUCAUACUUUUGUUGUUGUGACACUUGAUCCUCCUAUCCGGAAGGGGCAAACUUUAUACCCACAUAUUGUUCUUCAGUUUGAAACGGAAGCUGUAGUUGAAAGUGCCCUUUCAAUGAGUGAUGAGCUAUUGGCUACCAAGUACAAGGAUAGGCUAGAGGCUUCAUACAAGGGGUUGAUCCAUGAAGUUUUCACUACUGUUUUGCGCGGCCUAUCUGGUGCCAAAGUUACUAAACCAGGAAAAUUCCGCAGUUGCCAGGAUGGAUAUGCGGUGAAAUCAUCAUUGAAGGCUGAAGAUGGAAUUCUAUACCCACUUGAGAAGAGCUUUUUCUUCUUGCCUAGACCUCCCACUCUCAUACUUCAUGAUGAGAUUGAAUAUGUUGAGUUUGAGCGGCAUGGUGCCGGAGGCUCGAGUGUCAGUUCACACUAUUUUGAUCUGCUGGUAAAACUGAAAAAUGACCAAGAACAUCUCUUUAGAAACAUCCAGAGGAACGAAUAUCAUAAUCUCUUUGACUUUAUUAAUGGAAAAGGUUUGAAAAUCAUGAACCUUGGAGAUGCGAAAACUACGAAUACUGUUGCAGCUGUUCUUGACAAUGAUGAUGAUGAUGCUGUAGACCCACAUCUCGAGCGGAUCAAAAAUGCAGCUGGUGGUGAAGAAAGUGAUGAAGAGGAUGAAGAUUUUGUUGUUGAAAAGGAUGAUGGUGGAUCUCCUACUGAUGAUUCUGGUGAAGAGGAAUCUGAUGCAAGCGAAAGUGCUGGAGAAAGAGAAAAACCGGUGAAAAAGGAUUUAAAGAAAGAAGCUGCUGCUGCUAAAGCAUCAUCUUCCAAGAAGAAAGCUAAGGAUGGAGAGGAAGAUGGUUCAAAGAAACGAAGACAAAAGAAGAAAAAAGAUCCUAAUGCGCCAAAACGUGCAAUGUCUGCAUUUAUGUUCUUCUCAAAUUCUGAAAGAGAGAAUAUUAAGAAAAGCAACCCUGGAUUGUCAUUCACUGAUGUUGGAAGAGCUUUGGGAGAUAGGUGGAAGAAAAUGUCAGCUGAGGAGAAAGAGCCCUUUGAAGCAAUGGCUCGGGCGGAUAUGAAGCGGUACAGGGAAGCCAUGGCUGGAUACAAAAGUGGUGCAUCUGCGAUGAAUAUCGACUCGGGUAAUGAAUCCGACAGUGGGUGAUGCCUUGUUCAGGCAAGUGUUGGAAUGUUUUGAGGCUAAUGUUGGGAAUUGAGAUUAUGUCGUUUAGACCUUAUUAUAUAGUGUUCUACCUUAAUUAUAUAGCUUCCUAUUUCUACCAAAAA